AUGACGACCCAGACACCCAUGAUUUCGGUGCCGCUGAAGCAGACCAGUGAGAUUGACUGGAUAGCUCCGCUAAAGGGCUACAUACGCGCCACUUAUGGCGACGACCCAGAGCGCUACUCGGAGGAAUGCGCGACCCUGAACAGGCUGCGGCAGGACAUGCGAGGCGCGGGCAAGGACAGCGCUGCUGGACGGGAUCUGCUCUACCGAUACUAUGGACAGCUGGAACUGCUCGACCUGAGAUUCCCGGUGGAUGAGAACCACAUCAAGAUCAGCUUUACAUGGUACGUACAGAGCGUGCGGGGUGAUACGUUGAAAGACUGGAAGCAUGAGAGGCAAACAUUGGACAUUUGGAGGAUAGGGUUCGAUGCCUUUACACACAAACCCACCUCGCAGUACUCGCUCGCAUACGAGAAAGCCUCCAUCAUCUUCAACAUCUCCGCCGUCCUCUCCUGCCACGCCGCCCACCAAAACCGCCACGAAGAUGUCGGCCUCAAGACGUCGUACCACUCGUUCCAGGCCUCCGCUGGCAUGUUCACAUACAUCAACGAAAACUUCCUGCAUGCGCCUUCGACCGACCUGAGUCGCGAGACUGUCAAGACGCUCAUAGCGAUCAUGCUGGCACAGGCGCAAGAAGUCUUCCUGGAGAAGCAGAUUGCAGACGGCAAGAAAGUCGGACUGUUGGCAAAGCUGGCAAGUCAGGCCGCGGUUCUGUACUCGCAAGCUGUCGAGGGUGCGCAGGAAAAUGUCCAAAACGCCAUCUUUGAGAAGGUCUGGCUUCUGGUCUGCCAGAUCAAAUCACACUACAUGACUUCAGUGGCGCAAUACUACCAAGCGCUUGCAGAUGACGACGCGAAUGCUCACGGCGUGGCGAUUUGCAGGCUACAAGUCGCCGAACAGAGCGCCAAAGACGCGAGUCGAGCAGCGAACAGCUUUCCCUCCUCCGCACCGGCGAACUCGAAUCUGGCAUCAGACACAGGAUCGAUACUGGCGGAGAUGGCGAAGAAGCACGUCUCGAAUGUGCAGGAGAAGCUGGCGGAGCUGUCCAAGGACAACGACUACAUCUACCACCAGGGCAUUCCAAACGAAGCGUCUCUGACACCCAUCGCGAAGAUGCCGGCCGCGAAAGCGAUACCCGUCAGCGAACUGUACCAAGGGCAGGACAUACAACGAAUCAUUGGGCCGGAUAUUUUCCAGAAAAUCGUUCCACUAGCUGUGACCGAAUCAGCCAGUCUGUACGACGAAGAGAAGGCGAAACUGAUACGAGCCGAGAGCGAAAGAGUCGAGGUCGCAAACGACGAGAUGGCAGCAAGUCUAGACUACCUGAAGCUCCCGGAUAGUCUGAACGUACUCAGAGGCGGCAUGGAUCAAGACAUGAUGGUCGACAACGACUUCCGCAAAUGGUGCGAGGAUCUAGCGGGACAUCAACCUUUCGGCGCAGCAUUCGACCAACUGAAUAAUGACAAGGCCACCAUCUCAACAAUGCUGGAUGCGAGCAUGAAACAGCUCGACAUGGAAGAGAGCGUGUGCGAGAAGAUGCGUUCCAAAUAUGGAGCAGAAUGGACGCAACAGCCCAGCUCGCGACUGACUGCGACCCUCCGGAGCGAUAUUAGGAAUUACCGGGGAGCGAUAGAAGAAGCCAGCACGAGUGAUGCUCAGCUUUACAGCACCUUUCGGCAAUGCGAGGCCGAUUUUGAUGAGAUGCGCUCAGCCGGCGAGACAGAUGAGGCUGAUGUACUGUACUCGAGGGCAAUGGUGAAGGCUGGCGCGUCGAAAGGCAAGAGUCCUAGGCCGGCGGAAGGAAAUCUCAUCGACGACGAUAUCGACGAUGGCCCGACUGUUGCUGACCAGAUUGGCGCCGUGGAAGAUUUGCUGCGCAAGUUGAAUCUUGUCAAGAAGGAGAGAACGCAGAUACUGAAGGACCUCAAAGAGAAGGUUCACUCCGACGACAUCUCCAACGUUCUCAUUCUCAACAAGAAAGCCAUCGCAAACCAAGAAUCGCAACUGUUCAAGGCGGAGCUGGAAAAGUUCCGUCCUCAUCAGAAUCGCAUCCUGCAAGCCAACCACAAGCAGGCAUCACUGCUCAAGGAGCUUACCCGGACGUACUCAGAUCUGCUCAAGGACAAGCGUGUACGAUCGGAGCAGAGCAAGUAUGAGGCUUUCUCGAGGCAAAGAAAUACCGUCAUGACGAAAUACCGGAGAGUGUAUCAAAGUUAUAACGACCUCGAAGCUGGGUUAAUGCGAGCUCAGAACUUCUACUCCGAGAUGAAGGAAACUGUGUCGAGUUUGCAAAAGAACGUGGAGACGUUCGUUCAAAACAGGCGAGGCGAAGGCGGUCAACUUCUCUCUCGCAUUGAGCAGAAUAAAUCAACGCAAGGCGCCGACCAAGAACAGCAGCGCCUCAAGGAACUCAUGGACCGCAUGUCAAUGGAUCCGUCAAAUUCUGGCUCGCCAGUAUCAGCGGGUGGAGGAAGGAAGAAGAGCGUCCCACCUCCUCUGUCAUCGACAACAGGCUACCACCUACCCUCCUCCAGCUCCGGCUCACACCCAGGCUACAAUCCCGCCACAUCACCACCAGUAACGCCCCGCUACCCCAUGACCACCGCCGCAAGCCAACAACAACCCUACAUGUCUCCCCAACAAUCCUACGGCGGCACCCCUUCAAACAACUACCAACAACCCCCACCCCCGCGCCGCGAAUCCUACCAAUCCUAUUCCCAACCACAUUCUCAGGCAUCACAAUACAACCCCGCCCAACACAACCAAUACAACCCCGUCUCGCCCCCCGCACAUCAGCAAUUCUUCUCGCCCCCACCCGCUCAGCAGCAACAGCAUCAGCCCUGGGGUCAGCCGCCGCAGCAACAGUGGGGCGGCCAGCAGUCGAAUCUCCCGCAGGGUUAUGUGCCGCCCCCGCCCCCACCGGGACCGCCGCCACAGCAGCAGGGUGAUUAUAACCAUUUCUCGCAGGGCGGGUAUCCGAAUGGGCCGGGCGGGUAUGCGCAGCAGAGACAGGGGCAGCAGCAAGGUGGGAAUGAUCCGUGGGCGGGGUUGAGUGGAUGGAAAUGA